AUGUGCAGAUGCUAUGAGUGUCUUCUGCCUCAGAGCCUUAUCGCAGGGCUGCAGCAACAGCCCCCAGGCAGCGAUGGAUUUGAAAGAUUUGCGCUGGAACUAAAUUCUCUGCAGCAGCAAGGAGCGACAGGAGGCACAAGGAGAGAGGCCUUGUUUUCUGCAGUGCUGCGUUCUCCACUGCUGCAUCGGGCUGUUGCUCUCGGCGGCUCUAACGGCGUGUUGCCCCUCAGCCUGCAGCACUUGCUGCUGCUGCUGCAACAUCAGCAAACCAACAAACUUACGGAGAAGGCUAAAAGCCUCAUCCUAGGUCACGAGGCUGUGAUGUUGGGCUGUGGCGCCAUGCGGGGCUGUCGGGGAUUGGUGGUUGCAGUGGACGCUGUGAGUGGCACUGCGUUGCUCCGCCUACCGGGGAAGGCCGAGGUGAUUGCCGUGCGGUGUACAGAGAUUGAGGCGACUGUACCUCCGUCCCCUCACUUCCGAUAUGCAUGCGUCCACCACCUAACCGCCUCUAGAUAUGCACAGUCUCCUUCCGCGCGCGAACGCAUGAGGGCGGUCAACUGUGGCGCUUCUCUGCCAGCUGUUCUCAGCCCUUCAUGGCAUCGCUUCCCCCAACAUGACUGA